UUUAUAAUUGAGUAAAAUCCUGAACAAUAAUCCAGAAAAUCCAACAAAGAACGAAAGUCGAAGUGAAAACUUUGUAAAGUAUUAAUCUCAGAGCUCCGUUGUCUUGCCGCUGCAGCAGGUAAUGAUUACCUUAGAACUGCGGUGAUGUGUUUAAUGCUUUUAUUGGAGGUUCAGCUGCAUAUUUUUACUUCCUCCACUGCAGCUCACCUGAUUCAGUCAUAAGAAGCUUAAAUAACUGAGAAAACCUGCAACCAAGAGGUCUGCCGCGACAUGGAUGGCUCAUUCUGGCUCGUUUUAAUGUUGGUCUCGAUGACAGCUGGAGAACAAUUCACCACCAAAACAAAUAGUCCUGAUACUACAAAUACUACAAGUGCUUCUACUUCUGUUUCCUCUACGUUCAUCUCUUCUGCUGACCAAACUGCCCCCACAUCUGCAGACAGGAUCACAACGGUUCCUACAGGCACUACUGUAACCACAGAGAGUACUACUAUAAUCCCUGAGGGUACUACAGUAACCAUUGAGGGUCCCACUGUAACCCCUGAGGGUCCCACUGUAACCCCUGAGGGUACUACUUUAACCCCUGAGGGUACUACAGUAACCAUUGAGGGUACUACUGUAAACACUGAGGAUACUACUAUAACCCCAGUAAGUACAACUGUAACCCCAGUAAUUACAACCGUAACCCCAGUUGGUAGUACUAUAACCCCAGUAAGUACUACUGUAAUCCCAGUAAGUACUACGGUAACCCCAAUUGGUAGUACUAUAACCCCAGUAAGUACCACGGUAACCCCAGUGGGUACUAUUAGUAGCAUGGCUUCUACAACAACCCGUCUUACGACCGUCGCCCCUCUACGCUGUGAAAAUGGCGGCAUAGAGCUGAACGGCGUCUGCAUCUGUCCAGACGAAUGGACGGGGAAAACAUGCUCAACAGGCAAUGCCUGCAAUGCCACAGAGUUGGAAGGCUUUAAAUUCCCACGCACACCCAUUGGCUGGUUUGCCUAUUCAGAGGACAAAUGUCCAACAGGAACGACUGCUGCUGGUAAACCGAAGGCUUCGACCAGAUGUUCCUCCACAGACGGAUCUGUGAGUUUCAGCCCUCCACAGGUCUUCCAGUGUGACCAGACGCUCAGCGACAUACAACAAAAUCUCACCAGUGUUGAAGAUUUAGAGACUCUGGCGUCCAGCACUCAGAUUCUCACAUCCAGACCGGAGGAACUAACGGCUGAAAACGUUACAACAGCAGCUCAGAUUGCCAACACGCUGCUGCUGUCUCCAAACGCCACAGAGAGUAUCAGGGUGGCAGCAGUAGCUACAGUCAGCCAGUUGCUCAACACCAGCGUACCAGACAGCAUGGAGGAAAAUGAUGCAACUCAGAGCCUGACUCAGACUCUGGACCAGCUUUCGGUGAACCUCAGCCUCAGCGCGUCUCAGUCUCAGGUGGUUCAGCCAAACCUGGUGAUUCAGUCGGCGCAGAUCCAAGCAGCAGACUCUCAGGGGGUCCAGUUUACCUCACUUACAGGGACAUCUGGCAGUUUCGUAGCAGACAGAAUUCGGCUGAACACUAACACAUCGGAGGUUGUUCUUGAAAACGGGUUCAUAUCUGAGGCGCUGAUUUACAUUCGAUUCCCAUCAGGAGAGGGUGGCAACGCUCGCCAGAAGCAGUCAAACGUCUCUUUGGGUUUUGUUCUCUACCAAAACGACCGUUUCUUCCCAUCGAGGCUCUACAGGAAAAGCCGGGCCACCAUAAGGGUCCUGUCUGGUAGCUUCGAUGGUCUGGAGAGCAGUGUGGUGCCGCAGCAUGUGGAGAUGAUGUUCCAACCAGCGGUGCUAAAUGGUUCGUUUCUGCACGACUUCUCCUGCGUUUUCUGGAACUACAGCCUGCAGGACUGGAGCACCAACGGCUGCUCCAAAGGAAACGCUUCAGACGGAGUCCUGAGAUGUUUCUGCAACCACACCACUAAUUUCGCUGCUCUCUGGUCUUUCAGGGAAAAGUACGAGUAUGCUGAAGCCCUGGAUGUGAUCUCCAUCAUCGGCCUCUCUUUUUCCAUCCUGGGUUUGGUUGUAACCAUCAUUCAUCACAUUAAUGAAAAUUUUUACAGGAAGUCCCGUGAGCGAAACUCCAACCUGAACUCCAAGCUGGCCCUGCUCUCCAUCUACGUCAGCCUGCUGGCCUUCAUCAUCACCUUCCUCUCUGGGGUCCAGAACUCCAGCCAGCAGAGCGACAGCGAGGUGGAGGUCAGCCGUCAGAAUGAUAUCCUGGACUCUGACGUGCAUGUAGAACCGGACCGCGGCUCAUGUACAGCAGUGGCAGCUCUACUGCACUUCUUCCUGUUGGCCACCUUCAUAUGGAACAGCAUGUACGGCACUCAGCUGGCGUUACUGGUCCGCUCCAUGCGCCGCGACCUGCCGCCACACUGGACCCCGCUGAGCGUGGGGGUUGGAUGGGGAUUCCCUGCCGUUGUCAUGGCGAUCACAUUGGCAGCGACCUACAGGAUGGAUGAUCCUCUGGGAUACAGACAGGAGGAAUUCUGCUGGCUCGCAGCGCUGGACAACAACAAACAUUUCAACUUUGGAAAACCGAUGUUUUGGGCGUUCCUCCUUCCUGUGGGCCUGAUCCUGAUCUACAACAUGGUUCUGCUGGUUCUGACCUCUAUGACCACCUGCAGGGUCGAUCCCAAACUGACCAGCACCAGUCGCUCGACUCUGACCAAGAAGUUUCUGGUGAGCUUCUCUCUGGCCGUGAUGCUGGGUUUGUCCUGGACUCUGGGAUACCUGGUCCUCGCCACCACAGGACUCGCCCACCUGCUGUUCAGCAUCUUCUUUUGCCUCUGCACCACCACACAGGGUUUCCAGAUCUUCAUCCUCUUCACAGCCAGAACACCGUCCUUCAGAGCCGCCAUGUGGCGCUCUGUGCAGUACGUCUCCUCAGUCAGCGGCCCGCUGAAGCAGACCAAGUACAACCUCUGGAAGACUGAGAGGGAGACCACCUCUGAGACCUACAAAGUAAUUGGGGACAAGGAAUCCGACGUUUAGGACCAGUUUUUCUUCUGAAGAAAGAUCAGAUGAACUCAGACCUGAGAAGGAUCAAAGAACUGUUUUUAAGCUCCUCCAAUCAAAAUAUUUCUAUCAACACAGUUUCUGAAGCUACAUCCCAAUCAGCUAUUAUUCAGCCUGAAGAUCUACCACCACGUCCAUUACACAUCCACAAUAAACCCACAUCACGGUACACUGGUCCGUUAUGGUCUGAAGUAGGAAGUGGCAACCAGAUCUGAUUCUGCAGGGUGAUUUUACCACCAGUCUGCUGUGUGUGAGUGUGUUUGUGCAGCUUCUUAAAUGUGUUGGUUUUGCAUGUGGAAGAAAAUAUUUUAGGUUUGUUAAAAUCCUGCAAAAUAUGUUUUUUCUCCAGCUGCACUUUAUUUCU